GCACUCAGCAUCCAGUGAACACAGUUGAGAGAAAAAGUUUGAAAAACAAGUAACAGAAUCGGAAGGGAAAGAGAAAAUGGUUGGAAACCUUAAAAAAGGCAAGCAACAUCCAUGUUAGUCAAAUGUGAAAACAAGCCCAGGGUAUUGCACGUUAACGUAGCCCAGUACCGGGGCUGGAUUUUUUAUGACAACAUGGAAAUCCCACGAUGGGUGUGGGUCCUGAAGGGAGAGCCGAAGGUGAAGCCCGACAUCUAUCCAUCGUAUGACAGUAGCUGGAGAGAGGUCGGGCCGAAAACAAUGGAUGACAAAGACACGGGUUACCUGGUACGACCGAUGGUGGAUGAGGGGAUGGUCAGGGAUGAGCAGCAGAGAAAGAAAACUAUGGCAGAGCUGAACAAGGUCGGGCAACAGACGGAAAUCGCCUUCCUGGAGAACUUGAACGCAAGACACAGAGCAGGAAAAGAAGGGAAGGAGGAAGAAGGGGAGGAGCAGCUGCAGGGGGAACACAUGGAAUUGGGUCAAGUCGAAAGAGUACGUCCCGGUGGUGUAAUUGCCGUGGACAAUGUUCUUUGGUUUGGGAGGGUAGUGGAUCCAACGGUGGAGGAUAAACAAACCGUGGCCAUCAGACACUUCAACGAGCACGUGCGGACGGACAGUCGACUUACAGCAAGCGAUGGCAUAACACUUCUGAUGAAGCGUAGGCAAGAAGAGUGAUUCAUUGGAGGGGGAAGUAAGCAAACUGCUCCGAACAGUGAGCAUUAGUAGUGGUGGAUACAAAUCGUGGAUGGUACAUGCGGGGUCCUGCACCCCAACACAUUGCAUAGACUAUGCGAAGCCCUUUCAUCA